AAGCGCGUGUACGAGUUCUUCCUCCACCAGACGUCCACCAGCAGCAUCCGAAGGACCAAGUGAUAGAGAGAGAUGUCAUUCCUGAGGCGAGUUGUUCUAGCCAUUCUCAUCUCCUCGGCUGUUCCUUGUCUCCAGAAUGCUAAUGCGCAGGUAGCUCCGAUACCGCCGCCUAGAGUUGGGAGGCCUUUCCUCUUUUCAGACUGCCCGCCCAUCGACUGCCACUUCCCGUGUCGAGUUGAAUCGGGCAAAAGCGGAUGUGACAUCUGCAACUGCCCGCCGCCAUGCCCGACUCUGAACUGCAAACCCCCUUGCUAUUUCGUCGACACUCCAGGCCAGUGUCUCACCUGCGAAUGUCCCAAGUGUCCGAACAUCACGUCCUGCCCUUGGCCCUGCAAAGUCCUCAAGGACGCCAACGGAUGCGACUCUUGCCAGUGUCCGAAAUGCCCUCCAAUCUCCUGCGACCCUCGAUGCCGCGUUGAAAUAGGCAAAAGCGGAUGUAAGCAAUGCGUAUGCCCAAGAUGCCCAGAUGUAGGGUGGUGUAAAGCCCCUUGCAGGCUUGCCCUUGGGAAAAAUGGGUGUCCCGUAUGCCAGUGCCCUACUGCCCCGCCAUGCCCAAAGAUUCACUGCGAUCCUCAAUGCAAGCUCGCCCCUGGGGCCAAUGGAUGCCCAGAGUGCAUCUGUCCCAAGUGCCCUCCCGUUGACGUCAAAAACUGUUCAUUCCCUUGCAAAUUAGUGAAUGGACCACAUGGCUGUGAGUCGUGUGAGUGUCCGGUUUGUCCUGAGGUGACUGAAUGCCCUGACACUUGCAUGACUAUGUUAGAUGCCAACAACUGCCAAGUCUGUAACUGUCCUCCGUGUGAAGACUUCGACUCCUGCCCAGCCUCCUGUUGCGUCACUCAGAACCAACAGGGAUGCAGUGUUUGUGAGUGUCCAAAGUGCAAGCCCGUGGACUACUGCCCUUCUUCUUGUCUGGUGAAGAAAGAUGACGAUGGAUGCGAUGUGUGUGACUGCCCGUCUUGUAAACCCAUGACCGACUGCCCUCCAUCUUGUCCACUUAAAAAGGACUGCUACGGUUGUGGCGUCUGUGACUGCCCCGCCUGUCCACCUGCUGAAAAAUGUCCCCCUGGCUGUUGCGUCGCAAAGGAUGAUUAUGGCUGUGAGCGCUGUGACUGCCCAGUAGAGAAAUUGCAGAGGUGUGGGAAUGUAACCGACUGCAAGGCUCCGUGCAAGUUGCUAAGCGGCGAAGAUGGCUGUGAUGUGUGCAAGUGUCCUGAGUGUAAGGAAGUAACAAAGUGUCCCGCUGGCUGUCACAUCGACGUGGACGAAAAUGGCUGCAACCAGUGUCACUGUCCCAAAUGCAAAGAUGAUGCGUCGUGUCCAGCCGGAUGCGGCAGAAGGCUGAAAGGCGGUUGUUUGGUGUGCGACUGCGGGAACUGCACAGCGGUGACCGACUGCCCGCCUUUCUGCGGUCUGGGCAUAGGGGCCAAUGGCUGCGAAGUGUGCGACUGUCAACUUUGUCCCGAGGUACAGGAAUGUCCAGAGGAGUGUGUGUCGGCAGAGGGCGAAAACGGCUGCCAGUACUGUAACUGCAACGUGUGCCCAGAUGUCAGCGAAUGCCCCCAAGGAUGUAAGAUUGUGAUGGGAGACGAUGACGGCUGCCCAACGUGUGACUGCAAUGUUUGUCCUAGGCUGCACGACUGUCCUUCUUACUGUGGAGUGGAGAUGGGACCUGACAAAUGUUUCCACUGUAAGUGCAAGGCCUGUCCACCAGUCAAGGAUUGUCCCCGCGGGUGUAAAAUGAGGAAAAAUAAGCAAGGGUGUAACGAGUGCGUCUGUGAUCUCGGCUACAUGUCAUUCCCUUUUCUCUCUUUCGCGAAUGGGGCAUUCCUCUAAGGAAUUUCCUCGAAAACAAGCAAGGCUUAUUACACUAACAACAAACCCAAAUAUGUGAAAGGUCUAUAUGUAUAAAUAUAUAUACAUAUACAUAAGUAUAAAUAUAAUAUAUAUCUAUUACAAAAUUCUAAUUUUUUCUUCAAAAGACUUAUGUUAUGAAGUUCGUUCGUGUGCUAAAAUUUGGGAGCAAGACUCAUCCAUAUUGGUGGCAAAACCAAAUUAUGAAUUAGGUUCCUUUUAAAAUGUAAAUCAUUUUUGUUCUCGUGGAAUCUGCUUUCAAAAUGUCAUUGUAAACUUAUGGAAGAAUCGAGCAGUCUUACAAUUAUUUCCCUGAAGGAUCAAAACUCAAUAAAUUAUAACUAGAA